UUUUUUCUUUUUUAAUUUUGUUCUCUGCCUCAAACCUUUGACACAAAAAUAAGUAAAUAACGUAAAAAGGAAAAAUCCUUAGCCCCCCCACCACUAUACUGUAGUGUCUACACCUCAUCCUCUCAUUCUCACUCCCUUGUUGCGGCCGUCCACCUCUCUUUCUGCCCGCGGGCUCCAUUUGCCCAGUCUCCGAGCUGUGAAUGCACAGCGGUCACUCACAAGUCACAGCCCUGCGGCACCGGCCUUCUCCAUGACGAAGGGCGUCCUUCUGCCGCGAGCCACGUCACCAUUUUCAUCUUCCACCAUUACCCACUGGCGAACCACCAAGCCUUCAGUACCCUUCAUGCAUAACCGCUGUAUCAUAGCAACACAACCGCCAGUACCAUGCUUCCUUCAUGACUUCUCUAAGGUGCUAUCACGAACUACUUGUUCAUCCUCCAGGAGAACUAAUUCUAAUAGCUUGUCUCAUCCCUCACGAGUCUCAUUAGCUAAAGCAGUAUCGAUCAACACAAACAUUUCAAAUUACUGUACUCAUUCAGCGGAGGAAUUCUGUUCCUCAAAGCGAAGAUCAAGAGGCCCAGUUAUGGCAGCUAAAAAGGCUGCCGAAGGAGUCGCACAAGAAGAUGGUAAAUACAAGCACACAGUUGAUCUUCCCAAGACAACAUUUGGCAUGAGAGCAAAUUCAUCACAAAGAGAGCCUGAACUUCAGAAAAUAUGGGACGAAAAUCAAGUAUUAAAGAACAUUGCUGAUAAAAACACUGGCGGAAAUUUCAUUCUCCAUGAUGGUCCGCCAUAUGCAAAUGGUGAUCUGCACAUUGGCCAUGCCUUAAAUAAAAUUUUGAAGGAUAUUAUAAAUCGUUAUAAGCUCCUUCAAAACUAUAAAGUUCAUUUCGUUCCUGGUUGGGAUUGUCAUGGCCUACCAAUUGAAUUAAAAGUUUUGCAGUCACUGGAUCAGGAGGCAAGAAAUAAUCUUACACCAUUGAAAUUGAGAGCAAAGGCAACCAAAUUUGCCAAAGAAACUGUUAAAAAUCAGAUGUCAUCUUUUAAGCGCUAUGGAGUAUGGGCAGACUGGAGCAAUCCUUAUCUUACUCUAGAUCCAGAAUAUGAAGCUGCCCAGAUUGAAGUAUUUGGUGAGAUGGUAUUGAAAGGUUAUAUCUAUAGAGGCAGAAAACCUGUUCACUGGAGUCCCUCUUCGCAGACAGCACUUGCUGAGGCCGAGUUAGAGUAUCCCGAAGGGCAUGUUUCGAGAAGUAUAUACGCCGUUUUCAGAGUUGUCAGUGCUCCUCUUGUGCCAAAUGACCUGCUACAUGAAUUUCCAAAUUUAUGCAUUGCUGUAUGGACAACAACUCCUUGGACUAUUCCUGCCAAUGCAGCUGUGGCAAUAAAUCCCAAGCUUGAAUAUGCUGUUGUUGAAGUAGAGUCAUUAGAUGAAUGUGCCUCGUCUUCUGGUGAAAAUAGAAAGAAAAAGUUUGGAAAUAUUUUAAAGGAUGAGAAGAUACCAUGUCUCAUUGUAGCUUCAGAGCUUGUGUCAAGGUUAGAGGCAAAAUGGGGUGUGAAGCUUGUUAUCAAGAGAAGGGUUUUGGGUUCUGACUUGGAAAACUACAGAUACAUCCAUCCGGUAGAUAACAGGGAAUGCCCAGUUGUAGUUGGGGGAGAUUAUAUUACAACAGAAACAGGAACAGGAUUAGUCCAUACUGCUCCAGGACAUGGUCAAGAGGAUUAUGUAACUGGUCAGAAGUAUGGGCUACCCAUUCUUUCACCAGUAGAUGAGCAUGGGAUAUUCACUGAAGAAGCUGGACAGUUUAGUGGGCUUGAUGUUCUUGGUGAGGGUAACACUGCUGUUGUGAAAUAUUUGGACGAAAAUCUGUCACUUAUCCUAGAAGAAUCAUAUGAACACAAGUAUCCAUAUGAUUGGCGAACCAAAAAACCGACAAUAUUUAGAGCAACGGAGCAAUGGUUUGCAUCAGUAGAGGGAUUUCGUGAUGCUGCUAUGGGUGCUAUUGGCCAUGUAAAAUGGGUUCCAGCUCAGGGGGAAAACAGAAUCUCAGCAAUGACCUCCAAUCGCUCUGAUUGGUGUAUAUCACGACAAAGGACGUGGGGUGUCCCGAUUCCUGUUUUUUAUCAUCUGCAAUCUAGAGAACCUCUCAUGAAUAAAGAAACAAUCAAUCAUGUAAAAUCCAUUAUUGCCCAAAAGGGUAGUGAUGCAUGGUGGUACAUGACAGUUGAGGACCUUCUCCCAACUAAAUACCGAGACAGAGCAGCAGAAUAUGAGAAGGGAACUGACACAAUGGAUGUAUGGUUUGAUUCAGGUUCAUCCUGGGCUUCAGUCUUGAGAAAACGAGACUGCCUUAGUUUUCCUGCAGAUUUGUAUCUUGAAGGAACAGACCAGCAUCGAGGGUGGUUUCAGAGUUCGUUGUUAACAAGUGUAGCGACAACAGGGAAGGCUCCAUAUUCUUCUGUUAUAACACAUGGAUUUGUAUUAGAUGAGAAAGGCUUAAAGAUGAGCAAGUCUUUAGGUAAUGUUGUGGAUCCACGUAGUGUGAUUGAAGGAGGUAAAAAUCAAAAGGAAUCACCUGCAUAUGGUGCUGAUGUUCUCCGACUCUGGGUUUCUAGUGUAGAUUACACCGGUGAUGUGAUGAUUGGCUCUCAGAUUCUUCGUCAAAUGUCAGAGAUUUACAGGAAGCUGAGGGGUUCCUUAAGAUACCUCCUGGCAAAUCUUCAUGACUGGAAAGCAGAUUAUACUGUUUCAUACCAUCAGCUUCCCAGGAUAGAUAAGCAUGCACUCUAUCAGCUUGAAAAUGUUGUGAAAACCAUUCAAGGGAAUUAUGAAAAUUACCAGUUUUUCAAAAUAUUUCAGAUUUUGCAGAGGUUUGUCAUUGUUGACCUGUCAAAUUUUUACUUUGAUGUUGCCAAAGAUCGACUUUACGUUGGGGGUUCAACAAGUUAUACAAGAAGAAGUUGCCAAACAGUUCUUGCAGCUCAUCUCCUGUCAAUUGUACGACUAAUAGCACCAAUAUUGCCUCAUUUAUCUGAGGAUGUAUGGCAGAAUCUUCCGUUUCAGUACACAACUGAGUAUGGUUCUGUUGCCAAAUAUGUAUUUGAAGCAAAAUGGCCUGCCUUGAAUGAAAAAUGGCUUGACAUCCCCGUUGAAGAAAUUGAAUUUUGGGGAAAGAUUCUUGAGCUAAGAACAGAGGUGAAUAGAGUAUUGGAGGUUGCUCGAACCGGAAAACUAAUUGGUGCUAGUUUAGAUGCGAAGGUUUACAUUUAUUCAUCUGAUGCCAGCCUGGCAUCCCAACUAUCUGAACUUUGUGAAGCCACAACUGAUGCUGAUACAUUGCAUCGCCUAUUCAUAACAUCUCAGGCUGAGAUUAUUCCUUCAUUGGAUGAUGAAAAUGUAAAAAAUAUACCGUAUAGUGGUGAAUGCCUAAUUCAGGGAACUAAAGUAUGGAUUGGUGUGUCGCGUGCUACUGGUUCAAAGUGUGAAAGAUGCUGGAAUUACUCAGAGCAGGUUGGUUCAGUCUCAGAUCACCCUACACUUUGCGGCCGCUGCUAUUCUGUUAUUGCCGUUCCGAUGCCUCCUGAAGUUGCUGCAGUGAGUUAAGAUUUCAUGGAAGUCGACCUUUUUUUGAUUAACAACUUCAAUUUUGUUUACUAAUUGAAAUAUUGAAUCGAGUUUCCUUCAGGAUUUAAUUUUUAAUAGAAUGUAAUUGCAUGAUUUGUUUCUACUA